GUCCGGUUUUUUUUUAAAAUAUAAGGAUCAAAGAUUGGAUUGGAUACAGUCCAGUCUUGAUCCAGUUCGAUCUUGACUCUGUUCGGUCCCAAUUCGAUCUUGAUUUUAUAUCGAUCUUGUGGGGAUUUGAGUGGCCUAAGGCCUGAAAGGGUGAGGAAUUGGUUAAGUUUUGUACUAAGUGCAAAGAUUUGUGACCGUUUAUGCAAAUUACCUUUAAGUUUUGGGUGUUGAGCUCUCUUAUCCGGUCUUUAUCCAGUUUUCGAUCCGGUCCCGAAUGGUUUUUUUUACGUCAAAUCUAAGCCCAAAGAUUGGAUUUGAUUGUUUACUAUCCGGUCCCGGUACGGUCUAGAUCCGGGUUAUACGGUUUGGUUUUGGAUAAAACCAAAAAAACCCGGACCAAAUAGCCAGCCCUAAUUCAAAACCCUAUGAAAUGCAAAGAAAAUCAUGUGAAACCGAAUCCAUGCAAAACGCAUGUAUUUAUUUCAUUUUAAAUUUGUUUCACUUUCUCAUUGAAUUUUUGAACGGAUGGAAGAACAAUGGUCGGUAAAACAACUAGGAAAGAAAUAUGUAUAAGGAAAUCAAGUAUGGCGAAAUGGAAGGAACAGGAGAAUUGCUCAAAAAUGGCCAUCAAUACUUACUUAGGAGAUUACACAUGACUCAUCAACAUGAGGAGAGGCAAAAAAAAAAAAUGUCUCUCCCAAUCUUAUUUUACGUUCAAGGGUAGCUAAGUUUUGCAUUUCUGCAGCCACCACGUCACGUUGCAAUGACUGUCGGUUGGUGACAUGGCUUAGCUGUUCUUCUCAAGUGUUUGGUAGAUAGAAUAUUUGGCCAAAAGAAAUCACGACCCAUUUUCCCUCCUUUGUAUAAAACGGGGCUCCAACUCAACAAAAGAAGAAUCCAACAACAAAUUCAGGAGUGGUAAAAAAAUAAACCCAGCAAUAUUUAUCUGACAAGUAAGUAAAUUGUCCCCCGUUGUUAUGGGUGCUGAAGGGGAAGUGAAGACGGUUUGUGUAACCGGUGCAUCUGGGUUCAUCGGGUCAUGGCUCACCAUGAGGUUGCUCGAGCAAGGCUAUACGGUUCGAGCCACCGUUCGCGAUCCCAGCGAUGAGAGGAAAGUGAAGCAUCUGGUGGAGCUGCCAAACGCAAACACCCACUUGACGUUAUGGAAAUCCGACCUUUCCAUCCCCGGCAGCUUCGACGACGCCGUCCACGGCUGCUCCGGCGUCUUCCACGUCGCCACUCCCAUGGAUUUCGAUUCCCCCGACCCCGAAAAUGAGGUGAUAAAGCCCACGGUGGACGGCGUACUGGACAUCAUGAAGGCCUGCGCCAAGGCCCGGACCGUGAGGAGAAUAGUGUUCACUUCAUCCGCCGGCACCGUGGACGCGGAAGAGCACCCGAAGCUCAUCUACGACGAGAACAAUUGGAGCGAUUUGGAGUUCAUCCAGCGCGUCAAAAUGACCGGAUGGAUGUAUUUCGUGUCCAAGAUCUUGGCAGAGAAAGAGGCGUGGAAAUUUGCUAAGGAGAACGACUUGGAUUUCAUUAGCAUCAUACCAACUUUGGUGGUUGGUCCAUUCAUUAUGCAGUCCAUGCCUCCCAGCCUUAUCACUGCACUCUCCCUAAUUACAGGAUACAAACCACAUUAUUCGAUAAUAGAGCAAGGUCACUUCGUGCACCUGGACGACCUCUGCAUGUCUCAUAUCUUUCUGUUCGAGCAUCCGAACGCUGAGGGGCGUUACAUCUGCAACAGCGACGACAUCAACAUUUACGAGCUUGCCGAGUUACUCGAAGAAAAAUAUCCGGAGUAUGAAAUCCCGUCGAGGUUUGAGGGCAUCGAUCGAGGCGAAUUGAAGAAAGUGAAGUUCUCAUCGGAGAAGCUGAAGAAGUUGGGGUUCGAGUUCAAGUAUGGAUUAGAGGAAAUGUUUCGAGGAGCUGUGGAUACUUGCAGAGAAAAGGGUUUGAUUCCAUUGAGUUCCAAGAAAGGAAAAGACGAAGGGGAGGAGAAGCUUUUGUAGUUGGAAAGAUUUGGUGUUGAGAACGAAGUUGUAAUUGAAAGUGGAAUGCAAAAGGAUUUGUUUUCUUGUCUUUUAAUUUUAGUGGAUAUCGGAAAAAUCGUAUAGGAUUAUAACAAAUUCUAUUGGUAUGGUACAAUAAAGAAUAAAGUGAGAGAAACGAUCAAUUAUUUUGUUUAGAUUUCUGUUGAUUCAAAGUUCGAACUCAGAGUUCUGAUUAAUGUUCUUGUCUCCAUUGUUAAACUAGACCACCCAUUAAUGUUUACUUUUGCUAUUUCAUCUUUUACUAUUGAUCAUGAACUAUGAAGUAUUGGAUAUUUGAUAACAAAGAGGAGGAUACCCCAAUACAUAUACGCUUGACCAUAUAUUUGUUACAAGUUUAUGUACUAAGAUGUAAUUAGUCGUUUGUCAUUAUUAUGGUUAUGUUGCCAAAUGUAGCAUUUUUUAUGUAGCAUUCUUAAAUCUACAGAUUGUCAACAAUCUAAAGAUUCUAACUCUCUAGAUUGUUGAAAACAGAUUUUAAAAUGUUUAUUGUUUGGUAACUGUGAUUCUUAGCAUUCAAUUAAAAUAAAAAAUUUAAUUUUAUAUCAAAUAAAUUUGUAUCCUUAAUAAAAAAUUAGAGUGGUUCAAUAAAUAUUAAAAACUUUGUUGAUAAAUAUAUUUCAUGUGAUAAAUAAAUAAAAGUAGAGAAAAAUUAGGAGAAAAAAAAUCUCAUGAAUCAAAAUAUAGAAUCUCUCUGAUUAUGAGAUAUUUGAUAUCCGCAGAUUUUAGAGAUUUGAAAUCUCUAAAACUAGAAUAUACCAUACAGAAAGCAACAAAAAAACAUAACUUUCUAUAAAAAUCUACGGAUUCAAUGAAUCCAUAUCCUGAAUCCUGUUCUCCAAACGACCACCAAAAUCUUGUCUAAAAGAAUUAUACGGAGUGGCAGGGAUUUUGUUUGAAGGGUUAAAUCUGAAAUGGGUGAAACUUGGGUCGGGCUGGCCUUCACACAAUGGGCCAGAUUUCUCCACGUUUACAUGCUUCUUUCUCAUCGAGACCGUGCUGGAAUGUAUCGAUGUCACACGGGAACAAAUGGAGUCGAGGAAAACCCCACAAAUGCUCUCCGAUCUGAGCUGGAGUUCUUCACUCGACCACCACCAAAUAAUGUCCACACAAGUCAAAUUCUUGAUUCCGAAUUCAGCAAGGCUAUCAAGCUGUUAUAGUAUACUAGAAUCAAUACCCGUGGUUACGUCACAGGACGUGUUUAGAGUUGUGUAGUAUUUUUAGAAAACACAAUAAUUGGAAUAGAAAAUAGUUAUAAAUUACUAGAUUUGGGCCCGCCCGUUGGCCGGUUGCAUUUUGUAAAUAAAAUAAAUGACAAUAAUUAUUAUGUAAAAACUAUUUGACAAUAAAAAAUAGACCAAAUUAUUCAAUUGUUGAAAAAAUCAAAACGCUUAAUUAAAAGUAAAAUCAAACCCAUUCAAGAGAACCAACACUUAAUAAACAUAAUCAAAUCACAGUUCAAUUUACUUCUCACUCUCAGAAAUUUACAUGCUUAUAUAGAGGACUACUUAAUAUGUGAUGAAGUUAAAAUCACAUGUUUCCCCCUCAUAUUGGUAUACGAAUUACCUCUUAAGUAAAAAUAAAUUUUCCUUGUCUAUAUAUUCAAAAAUUCUAGAGGUUGCCUUCGAUGAGGGAGGUUCACUUCCUUGUCUGUAAAACAAUGAAACUUUGAUUAAUUGAAAUUCCUCAUUUCAAUACUUUCAAUUUUCCAUAUCAUCACUCUACAAUAUCCACAAUAUUUAUACAAUGGGUUUCAAUUAUCAAACAUUCAAUAAAAUAAAAUUUUCAAGUUAAGAAAUACAUUUGAUAAAAAUUCUAACAUGAAAAUAAAUGAAGAAAACUCACAUAUUGUUAAUAUCAAUAAACAUGGAAAAUAUUU